ACCUCAAAAUGAAUCUAAAAUUAUGAAAGUAAAUAAGCUGAGACUUCCCAAUUUUCUUUUAUUUUUUGUAUUAGUCCCUAGCGUCAGAACCGACAAUGGAAAUAUUAUUAAAGAACAAAGUAAAAUUGCAAUGAUACCUCAGCAAAAUAAUUCGCUUGAAGCCGCUAAGGCUGUGAUUACUGUAAUAUCAAAAACUCCAUUUAGCAAAAAUACGAAUGGGAAGUACCUCGAAAAAUUGUCUAGAAAUUCCAAACAAGAUGUAACAAGACAAAUUAGAAAUAUAAUUAACGCACUUGAAUGUGUGGGAUGUGAUACGACACAAGUACCUAGAAACGAAAAAUGUUAUCGUGGAAAUCUGGAAACUUUAGUAAUUUGCUUGCACGGCGAAGAAUGUUACACUGAAAUACACCCGGACUACAUUAAGAGGGGCUGUAUGUCCCGAAGCAGGUUAAACAGGACAUUUAUAUGCAAAUGUCCGCUCUGCAAUGACAAACCGUUUGAUGACGUCGCUUCCUACGAAUACAAGACAAUAAGAGAUUGGGAAUACGAUAACAGACGCCUCCAAACUGCAGUUAUUGGGAUAGACCUCUUGUGUAAAGUGUGUGAUACUAAGGGAAUUAAUCAUGAGGCCGAUGAACGCUGUAAGAAAGGAAAAGAUGCAGAUUACAUGGUGUGCGCAAAAAAUCAAGUGUGCUUCACAAAUAUUGAUUUGGACACUGAUUUUGUUUCUCGAGGUUGCGUUGAUGUACCAGUCUUUAAUUCCAUGUAUAAUUUUUGUAAUAAUACUAAUUGUAAUAAUAUGGCAUACAAAAAUGCUCAGUUACGAAGUGAAAAUGAAAAGGCGCAGGAUUUUUUUAUCAGCUUUCCUAAGACCUUAGUAUCAGGUGCUUGCUCAUUUCGACACAUCAUAAUAAUUGGAAUACCAUUAAGAACUAUCAUGGUACUGUUUAUGAUAUUGUCAGACGUUCAUCUAUGAAAAGAAGUAAAAUAAGUCAGUUGUCAAAUAAUGUCAAAUUAAAAAUGAAUAUUAUAUUCAAUUUCCUAUAUUUUUUAUUUGUAUCGAUUAACUGUGAUGAUAUAAGGAGAAUAUUACCCUUUCCAAGAUUAAGAGAACAAAUUGAGGAAGUUACGAUACAAUCUACGUCAUCCGAAAAUCCUGAUUCCAAUUUGGUUUCAUUUCUUGUUCAAAAUGUUAAAGAAAUAUUUGGCGCUGCUGAUGAACCUACCGUUUUAGUUGACCAAGUAAUUGAUGCGACAACCACAGAAUCUGAAGUUAUGACUGAAACAGAAUCUGUAAAUAGAGCGAAAGUUUUAAAUAAGAUAAAUAUAUUUUAUAAAAAUAUCUCGGGAGUAAUAGAUGGAUGUACCCACGAAAAUAUUCUAGAUACCACAAAUGAAGGACUAACCGUAAGGACAGAACAAUUUUCAAAAGACUUAGAUGUUAUUGUCAUACCUGAAAGCGAGGAAAUAAAGCUUAAUCCUCUUGAAUCGUGGUAUUCUAAAGACCGUCAAGAAACUACUUCUAUACCUACACCGAACUAUAAUGCGUCAACAAAAAUAUCCUGUAUUUUUUGCAACAACAUUGAAGUGGAGUAUUGUGAUGAUCCCAAAAAUAAAUUAAUAUCUUCAAUCGUAUGUGAACAAGAUGAAGAUCUAUGUUAUUCUCAACACACUCCAUUCGGUUUAGUCGAUCGUGGUUGUUUUAAUAUAAACCGUAAUAUAACCACGUAUUACUGUUCUUGUAAUCUCUGUAACUACAUUGCGAUUUCGGAAAUGCCGCACAUAUUUUCAAGGAAACAAGAUUGGAUAGAAUAUGUUAAAGAAAUGUCCAGACUAAAACGAUUCAGGCGGUCCAUUUUCAAAGACAUGUCGUGCCUGCGAUGUGAAAUUAAUGGUACUACUAAGAGUGAAGAUAUUUUAUAUAGUACUAAUUGCUUGGAAGGUAACAUAGGGUCCUUACCCUUUCAAUUAUGUGCGAAAAAUGAGAUUUGCGCAGUAAAAGCCAUUCGCAGUGAAGGAUAUAUGUGGCGAGGCUGCGUGUCCAAACCACUUUAUAACUACUGGUGGACACUUUGCGAUACUGACCUUUGUAACUACGAAGCAUUAGUAUCAAUUUUUGAUCAGUUUUAAUAAUUAAAACAAUUGAA